CAGCGCGGCGGGACGGCAGCGGCGGGAUGUUCAGCUGGCUGGGGAAGCAGGGCGGCGGGCGGGAGCGCGGCGGCGGCACCGACGUGGUGCAGACGGUGACCGGCGGGCUGCGGGACCUCUACCUGCGCAAGCUGCUGCCGCUGGAGGAGCACUACCGCUUCCAUGAGUUCCACUCGCCCGCCCUGGAGGAGGCCGACUUCGAGAACAAGCCCAUGGUGCUGCUGGUGGGGCAGUACAGCACUGGCAAGACCACCUUCAUCCGAUACCUGCUUGAGCAAGACUUUCCAGGCAUGAGGAUUGGUCCAGAGCCUACCACAGAUUCCUUUAUUGCUGUAAUGUAUGGAGAAACAGAAGGAAAUGUUCCUGGAAAUGCCCUAGUUGUUGAUCCUAAGAAGCCAUUCCGGAAACUCGGCCGUUUUGGAAAUGCGUUCCUGAACAGGUUCAUGUGUUCUCAACUACCCAAUGAGGUCCUGAAGAGCAUCAGUAUCAUUGACAGCCCUGGCAUUCUCUCUGGAGAGAAGCAGCGCAUCAGCAGAGGCUAUGACUUCUGCCAAGUCCUCCAGUGGUUUGCUGAGAGGGUUGAUCGAAUCAUCCUUCUUUUUGAUGCCCAUAAGCUGGAUAUAUCUGAUGAGUUUUCAGAGGCCAUUAAGUCAUUCCGGGGCCAGGAUGACAAGAUCCGAGUGGUGCUUAAUAAGGCUGACCAAGUGGACACCCAGCAGCUGAUGAGGGUCUAUGGUGCACUCAUGUGGUCCCUGGGAAAGGUGAUUGACACGCCAGAGGUCCUGCGGGUCUACAUUGGCUCCUUCUGGGCCCAUCCUCUCCGAAACACGGACAAUCGAAAACUCUUUGAAGCCGAGGCACAGGAUCUUUUCAAGGAUAUCCAGAGUCUCCCGCAGAAGGCUGCUGUGAGGAAACUCAAUGAUCUCAUUAAAAGGGCAAGACUUGCAAAGGUUCAUGCUUAUAUCAUCAGCUAUCUGAAAAAAGAGAUGCCCUCUGUCUUUGGGAAAGAGAAUAAGAAGAAAGAACUGAUCAACAAGUUGCCUGAGAUCUACAUCCAGCUGCAAAGGGAAUACCAUAUUUCAGCAGGGGACUUCCCUGAAGUCAAGAAAAUGCAGGAGCAGUUGGAGAAUUGUGAUUUCACUAAAUUUCAUUCUUUGAAACCAAAGCUAAUUGAAACUGUGGAUAACAUGCUGGCCAACAAAAUUGCCUCCCUGAUGAACCUUAUCAGACAGGAAGAGAGCAACAUGCCCACAGAGAUGGUACAUGGUGGAGCAUUUGAUGGCACCAUGGCAGGACCUUUUGGCCAUGGAUACGGGGAAGGUGCUAAGGAAGGAGCUGAUGAAGAGGAGUGGGUUGUUGCCAAAGAUAAACCUGCUUAUGAUGAGAUUUUCUACACUCUGUCACCAAUCAAUGGCAAAAUAUCUGGGAUUAGUGCAAAGAAGGAGAUGGUGACUUCUAAACUACCCAAUAGCGUCUUGGGGAAGAUCUGGAAACUUGCAGACUGUGAUGGCGAUGGGAUGUUGGAUGAUGAAGAGUUUGCAUUAGCAAAACAUCUCAUCAAGAUUAAACUGGAUGGAUAUGAACUGCCUGGCACGCUACCUUCCCACCUGGUGCCACCAUCUCACAGGAAACUUUUCCAGACAGCAGAAUGAACAAUACAAGGAGAAGAGUGAAGAUUUUGAAAUUCCCACAGAAAAUGUGUUGAAAAUACCAAAAUUUGAAGUUAAGCUUAAAUACUUAAACCUCACAGCACAUUUCACGCAAGCUACUGAAGUUAUAAGCAUGGCAGCAGGGAAACAUUUGUGUCACUGUCCCUGCUGACCUUCACUCAGACAUGCUUAUCACAAGUGCCUUAUUAUAGCUCUGUCAUAAGGUGAAAAUAUUCUUGUAGUCCUGUGUCCGUGUCUUGCUGCCUUUACAACCAUAAAGCAGAAAAGACCAUGCAUAAAAAUUGCUGACCUUCGUCAAACCUAAAUACUUACCAACCCUGUCUCAAAACUAUUCUAAAUAGCAUGCUGAAGCUCAAAAUGUUAAAUUCACCUGCAUAUGCAAGGAAUAUUUAGAUGCUAAAAACAUAUUUAAGACGUUGAGUGAAUAUAAGCAUUUCUAUAGUCUAAGAACAGGCUGAUAUAAAAGGAAAUCCUUUAUUUUUAUUGUUUAGUUGGAGUUAGAAAAAGAUAGAAGAAUGAUGAGGAGAGUCUUGUA